AUGUCGUUUCUAAAGUUUUUAUUCAAGAAUAAUGAUAUUGGGGAAGAUAUCCCGGGGACUAUUCACUUAAUUGAUGUAGACCGUGUCUCUAUUAUAUCAAACUUGGAUUCAGGAAAAGGAAAUCAGAACAUUAUGUUGCACCCUCGGCCAAGUUCUAAUCCAAAUGACCCUUUAAGAUGGCUGUACAGAAAGAAAAAACUACAACUCUUUCUUCUUACAUUUUGGGCUUUUAUUCAAAAUAUUUCUUCUGUUUGGACCGGUCCAGUAUAUGACACCUGGGUAGAGGAGUUUAAUUGCACUUAUAAUCAAUUAAAUAUUGCUUCAGGACUUGUAUUUGUUGCUAUAGCUGUGGGCUGUACUGCCUUACAACCCAUUGCUUUAAAGUAUGGUAAAAGGAUAGUGUAUAUUGGAUGUACGGUACUUCAAAUAAUUGGAAAUAUAGUUUAUUCGCAAGCACAUAAUGUGGAAACUACGUACAUUGCUUCGGCCCUAGUAGGGUUUGCUGCUGCACCAAUAUACUCCUUAGUUGAAAUAUCUAGUACAGACAUUUUUUUCCAACAUGAAAGAGCGGAAAAUAUCUCAUGGUUAGUUCUUGCACUUCAAUCUGGCUGUUCACUAGGUCCCUUGGCAGCUGGGUUAUUACCGAAAGCCUUAAUUGGAGAUGGUGCUGUUAUAUUAUGGUUAUGA